UCCGCCCACGCACCCGGAACUACGGAGCAUAUUAUAAACUCUUUUCCCCACGUGAAAGAUAACUAGGAACAUAUUCUUAAAUCUAAACUUGAACAAGGGUGAUACAACUUAGAAAUUAACCUCACUAGAGGUACAAGGUAGAAUGUUAGAGAGGAAUGCGUGCGGGUGGCGACUGCCGGCAAUACAGACCAGCUGACAUCAGAACUGAGGGUCCUCACUCUCUCGCGAGUCCUACAUCACUCGCAUCCUACGCGUCCGUCGCUCCAUCACUGCCUUUUACCAUAAUGUUUGACGUGUUCGGUGUCAUCCGUCACCUAAUUCAUCUAGACAGAGUCACGAUAGACAAUGUGAUCUUCUCUCUACACAGCAAAGUGACUAUGGUGAUUCUAGUGGCGUUUAGUUUAUUGGUGUCGAAAAAGCACUAUUUCGGUGACCCCAUCGACUGUAUGGUUGAAGCGAUCAGCAGCCACACGAUAGAUAUGUUCUGCUGGAUACAGUCGACGUACACGAUACCUGCCUUGACAGGUGGUGUAGUUGGGGAACAGGUGGCCCACCCGGGCGUUUCUAACCACGAUGCAUUUGGGAAAAGCAAAAUAAAUAUCGGUGGUCACCAAUACCCUAUCAGGUACCACAAGUACUACCAGUGGGUCGUACUCUUCCUCUUCCUUCAGGCUGGAAUGUUCUACUUCCCGCACUGGAUCUGGAAGCGACUGGAAGGUGGGCGGCUGAGAGGGCUGGUGACUGAGCUCGACCUCCCGUGUCUCAGCGACGAUCGUAAACACGAAAGGAUGAACUUCGCUCUCCAGUACUUUAACCACUACUUCCACCAUCAUAAUGUCUACGCGUACCAGUUCUUCGUCUGCGAGCUGCUCAACUUCGUCAAUGUUAUUGGUCAGAUCUACCUUACUGACAAGUUCCUGGACCUCGGGUUCGCCAAGUACGGACCACGGGUGCUGAACUACAGUCAGGACUCCAGCAGCGGCCACGACCCCAUGGAUGAGAUCUUCCCCAAGGUGACUAAGUGCACUUUCCACAAGUUUGGUCCUUCAGGGACCAUCAUGAGACAUGAUGCUCUCUGUGUUCUCCCUCUCAACAUCCUAAACCAGAAGAUCUUCGUCUUCCUCUGGUUCUGUGGUCUCUGCUCUGGGUCUGGUCUUCCGCCUCGCCACAUUCACUCCUUCCGUCCGCUACCUGUUGCUACGAAGCCGCUGUCGCCUAGUCCCAACAGAGAAGGUGAAAGCUAUUUCCCAGAGGUGCUACAUAGGUGACUGGUUCAUCAUCCACUUGCUAGCUAAGAAUAUGGACCAGUUCACCUUGAAGGAUUUCAUCAACGACCUGACUCGCACUCUGGUUGAGAAGGAACAUGUCUCCUAAUACUGCUUCACACGACACUCAUUCUUAUUGCCAGACAAUGGCUGGCGCCACUACAGCUGCUGUACCAGUGCUCUGUCGUUAUGAUCACUCUUGGUGUGCAACAUCCUGGUUAUUGCCAAAACCUUACCCCUGCAUGGCAGCCUUCUUCAGCUAUGUUAUAUUCAACUGUAUUGGACUGAGGGAGCCUGUGGCUCGGGCGAGACGUUUAGUUAAUUAAGAUAAUACCCAGUGGGUGCAAAUGUGUCUUAGGUUAGGUAAUGUUUCUCAGGAAACAAGAUUAGUGCUACCUGAUGAGGGUCUUAGUCAUAUGAUGACCCGCAACUGGAGUUUUUGGUCAUCUGACCGAGGUCUUCUUCUGGCUGGCCAGUCAACCCCUUUUAUUCUAAUAGUAUUUGUCUUAUUGGUCAGUUUGUCAGUACUGUGCAGAUAUAUAAUGAUCACUCACCCAUGGCUGAGUCAUUAUAUAUCCCCAUGGCUGACUAUAAUAUUUCCCAUGGCAGACUCAAUGUCUUCUCUACAGUGGCUUCCCCACUGUGACCGUUCUUUCGUGUCCUCUCUAUUAUUUAUUUACUACAGUGCUUUCCUCAUCAAAUACCCUCACUGUCUUCUACCCAAGAAUGUCUUCCAGGCUGUUAGUAACCCACGCCCUUCCAGGAGGGUGCCUUGAUUGCUUGUGAAGAGAUCUUAAUCCAAGGAUAUCGGAGCUACUGUUCUCUUCCUUGGAUCAAAACUUAGGAAUUGUAUGACCCUUCUAUCCCUCCUAUGGACUCAACGCUUUCCUGUGUUGGUGCCACAAUCGUAGGUGCUCUUCCAGGACCAACUAAUGGGUUCUCAAUCAUGGGUUGUCGACUAUGAAUUCUCGACCAUGGGCUAUAAUCUACGGAUUCUCAACCAUGGGCUGUUAACUAUGGGAUGCCAACCGUGGGUUUUAAUCUAUGGAUUUUCAACUAUGGGUUCUCAACCAUGGGUUCUCAAUCAUGGGUUAUCAACUAUGGGUUGUUAAUCACGGGUUGCCAACCAUGGUUUCUCAAUCUUGGGCUGCCAACCAUGGGCUCUUAACUAUGGUUUGUAAAUCAUGGAUUCUCAACUAUGGGUUGUGAACCAUGGGUUCCAUCACCAGUGCUUCACCACGACUGGUCAAAGCAGUGGUUCUAACCCAGCGUGUCAGCCACAAAGGAGCUCUUCAACCAAGCGGCCGCCACAACAGUAAGGAAACCCUACUGCCUCGGCAACCCCCCCUCCAUACAGUAGCAAGGGGAUGCCAUGGCAACCCCAUGGGGGGGUCACCCAUCGUGGGUCACCUCAUCAUGGGUCACCUCAUCAUGGGUUCUACACAAUUACCACGAUGUAUUUUUUUGCAUUAUAAGAAUAUCAUUACCAUUUUUACCUUCAUUUUAUAAAUGAAUUGAUAUCAUGACCACCAAAGACCAGUGAAUACCCACAUGGGUAUACAAGACCCAUACGGGUCUAGCACUUCAUUUAAAUAAGGAAAAAAUAAUAAUUUUAGCAUUUAGAAAUUAAGGAGAAUUUGGGAAGAGGUUUUUUAAUAUGUAUGUAUAAAAAAUAUACAUCAUUUUCUCUACAUUUGUGAUAUUAUAUUGAUUUUGCAAGGAAGUGAUUUAGUUUCUCUCUCCUAAAAGCUUUUGAUACUAGGAAUUGGAGUUUUUUUUUUUUCAUCUUCGGAUCGAGUCUGAUUAUGUCUCAUUUUAGAACGAGCUGAGUGGCCCCAUGGGUUUAGCGCUCGCUUCAGUAUGUAAUAGCUUUGUUAUACUGCAAGGAAUGUCUUCCUUUCUCUCUCUCUCUCUCUUUUUCUCUUUCUCUCUCUCUGUCUCUCUGUCUAUGUAUUUAUCUAUCUAUCUAUCUAUCCUUUCUGUCUCUCAUUUCUCUUUAUCUGUUUCUCCUCACACACUCCC